GGAAGUGGACUGCUGUUGAGGCGGCGGCGUCUGGCUGGAGUGCUUCUCCUCAGCAGCUUCCGAAGGUGCUUCCUGAUUCGGACGCGUCGGCUGCGGCUCCUGCCAGACCAAACCUGCCCCAAAACUUGACGGUGCGGAGAAGUCUGCGUGGCCCCAGAUGCCUCUGCUGGCCAGAGGAUGAGCGGGCAGUGGCCGUGAGCGGUGGAACGUUCCACGUCCCUGCAAACCUUGGCUCAGGUCGCUUCCUUCUCGGUAGGCUGCAGCCAAAGAGCACCAUGAGUACGAGGAAGCGCCGAGGAGGGGUUUCCAGUUCCAGACCAGCCCAGAAGCGAGCUCGGGAAGCAGCCUCCACCCUGGAGACGACUCUGGAAGCGGAGCCCAUAGAGCUCGUGGAGAGCGCUGGAGACGAGAUAGUGGACCUCACCUGUGAGUCUCUGGAGCCCGUGGUCGUUGACCUGACGCACAGCGACUCCGUCGUGAUCGUCGACGAAAGGAGGCGGCCGCGGAGGACUGCCAGGCGGCCGCGCCCGGACCAGGCCGACAGCUGUGUGGUGAGCAGCGACGACGAGGAGCUGCCCAGGGACAGAGACGUGUACGUGACCACACACGCCCCCAGGAGCACCAGGGAGGAGGCCUCUCCGGGACUCAGGCCCUCUGGCACGAUCAGCUGCCCCAUCUGCAUGGACGGGUACUCAGAGAUUGUGCAGAACGGACGUGUCAUUGUUUCCACGGAGUGCGGCCACGUCUUCUGCAGCCAGUGCCUCCGAGACUCCCUCAAGAACGCCAACACCUGCCCGACCUGCAGGAAGAAGAUGAGCCACAAACGCUACCACCCCAUUUACAUAUGAGGCGCUGGGGGCUGCCGGGAGAGGGGACAGACGGCGACGGCCGCGGGGCGGCCCUGCGGCCCUCCGUGGGGCGUCUGCCCCCAGUCUCCCGCGCUCACAAAGACCAUCUCCCACCCAGCGCCUGACACGUAGACUGCUUCUUUGUCCCCAGCCCUCCGAGAGCCUCUCGUUACCUCCGGCUCGGGGCCGGGGAGCGGGGUCUGCGUCUCUCUGCUCCCCGGGGACCCGGCCCCCGUGUGCCUGGGAGGGGAGAACCAGGGUCCGAGCCUCUUCCUGGAACGUGCACAUUCGCCAAGACGCUUCCCCUGCCUGGCAGGUUGCCCGGCCCCUCCUGGCGCAGGUGUCCUCAAGGGGCUGGCCCCGGCCAGCGCGCGAGCAGGUCCACGCGGCUCUCGCGGGCUCGCUACCUCCUCCCAGGCGUCCACCCAACACAGUGACCAAGCCAGACGCAGUCCCGGCAGCACCAACCGCGGGACUUCCUUCUUCCCAAGAGUCGAGUGACCGUGACUCUGCUGACACCUUAGCAGUGACACACGGGGACUUGUGCGUACCGAGAGCCCCUGCAGGGCCGCCCCUGACCCUACGGAAGAAAUGUGCAAUAAUGCCGCCCACCCACAGCCUGGGAGGGCAGUGCUGUCUGGGUCCCGGGGUCCACGGUGCCUGCGGCCCAGUGCCUGCCCCACCCCGCCCUGCCGCCGCCUGCUCUCAGGAACCGACCGGGCCCGGACUUCUCCACCCGGCAUGGGCCCUGCAAGGCCAACGGGCCCGGCCUGUGGCCCAGCGAACACACUUCUCUGAUAAAAUCCACCCUCUGUUUGCCACGUGCCCUCUGGUCCUCAGCUCCCGCUGCCCAGCGUCUCCUCGAGCACGGACACUGGGAGGCGGGGGCAGUGUUUGUGGCCUUAUCAGCCCACGGCCGCGCUGUCGCCCCCGCUGCAGCCGCCCCUGGUGUCAGAGGGCCCGGCCCAGGGGCCCGGCCGGGCCUGCCUUGGCCGUCUCGCUGCCCACGUUCAUUCCAGAAUUCGCCCCUCUGGCCGACCGGGCUUUGACCCCUCGGGCUUCUGACUGCUCCGCAGGUUUGGGUCGGCGGCUCCCCUCCCCGGGGCCCAGCCAGCACCCCUCUGCUCGCCUCCGACGGCGCGGGAGAGCCUCGGCCCCUCCGGGGGCUGCGCCGCCCCGAGUUUGGGGAGGACGGCGGGGGCCCUGGUGCCGGCCUGCCUCCACCUCCGCACCCUCCUCAGGCCGCGAGCCCCUCGGCGGCCUUGGCGCAGCACCUUCCUGAGGAGGCCGGCCCUCGGGCGCGGCGGCGCUGACGGUCUCCGGGCUCCCCCCGGGGGAGCGGGCCGGCACAGUUCACUUUACGCAGGGCUGCAGGGGCGCCCCUCCUCUGCGGAGAGCCCAUCCUUCACUCUGACAGUGGAGCCGGGGGGCUCACCUCCAGGCAGUGGGUGGGCGUGCGAGGAGCGGCCGGGCGGGGCCUGCGUGUCCGGUGUCCCGUGCCGGGCGCCCGCCCUCCACCACCACCUCCUUCCUGGGCUUCGUGGGGGCGCUCCGGUUACGUUCUGACAACACCCAGACUUCAGGAGCCAGGAUGCCCGCGCGGCCAAAAUCUCUCGUUUUACGUUCAAGGACAGUUGAUCAUGAAAGUUGUAUUUCUGCAUAGUGCAUUAAAUUGGGGGAAAGACACGUGUUUCUGCUAUUCAGAAACUGCAAAAUAGGAAAAGUUGCUAUGAAAAACCCUCCUCCUCCACCUCCUCAGUGUACAUACUACGACUCUUUCUUUGUUACGUUUAAAUUUGAUCCAUGACGUCAGUCUGUUUCGGAUCCUCUGCUAGUGGUACAGAUGGAAAUAAACCAGUAAUUUGAACCACACA